AUGGAUCUACCGAGUGCGUCACCUGUUCCUUCGCAAUCGACCAGCAAUGGCCAGAAGCAGGAAGAGAAUGCCGCACAACGUGCCGUUUCUGCUGCUUAUGAGAAACCUGUAGAGAAGACAGUAAAUCAGGCCACUGGCGGAAGACCCCUGUCUGUGGUCUCGGGUGACGGUUCGGAUGCAGGCUUCCAAACACCUCCCAGGACCUCAGGCACCUUUGAUAGCGUCAAGCGCGCCAGUUCGGUCAGAAGUAAACUCAGUGGCCGCAGAAGACACCGUAGCAGCUCUGCCGCCACAGGCGGAACUCUUGCUGCUGCCGUCACUGCUAGUAGCGCUACCCUUGUUCCUGGUGCCCUUGGUCAAGGCCAUCGUACUACUGGCUUCGCUGUGGCAAGCAGCAAGCGCAACAAAGACUUCCAUCAGCUGUUCCGGAGCGUGCCAGAGGAUGACUACUUGAUCGAGGACUAUAGUGCAGCUUUACAGCGUGACAUUCUUCUUCAUGGCAGGCUUUACAUUUCGGAAGGUCACAUCUGUUUCUCCAGCAACAUUCUCGGCUGGGUGACUAAUCUGGUCAUCAGCUUCGACGAAGUGGUCUCAGUUGAGAAGAAAAGCACCGCCGUCAUCUUCCCCAACGCUAUCGUCAUCCAGACUUUACAUGCUCGAAACGUUUUUGCCAGUUUGGUCGCCAGAGAUUCCACAUAUGAUCUCCUCAUUGGCAUCUGGAAAAUAAACCAUCCAAACUUGAAGAGCUCCCUCCACGGCAUCGCAAUAGAUGAUGCCAGCGCUGGUGAUAAGACGGAGCGUGCGGAAUCAGUAGCGUCCGAUAGAGACAGCUCGGAUGGUGCGACUGAAGACGACGUAUAUGAUGAAGAUGAAGAUCACGACGAUGGCAGCUUCUUUGAACCUGGCGGCAGCGUAGCAGGUAGCGAGAUUGGUGAUCAGGCUGUUAGUCGGAAAACUUCUGCUGUGCCUGUUACCGCCGGUGUUCCUUCAGCCAACGGACCCACAAAAGGCGCUGAGGUUAUUGAAGCAGCCGCUCCUGGCGCCACUGCGGCCGCCGACUUCCCUGGACCAGCCACGCAUGCUGCCACUGAAUGUGGAGAUGAUGCCAGCCAUUAUGACAAGCCAUUGGCCGACACCAUGAUACCUGCUCCUCUCGGCAAGGUCUAUUCUCUGAUGUGGGGUCCAGCAUCAGGUACAUUCAUGAAGAAGUGGCUGGUCGACGAUCAAAAGUCUCGCGAGCUUUCGUUUGAGAACGAAAGAGGUGGACUUGAUGAUACUCAUCGCAGCUUCACGUACUCGUACAUCAAACCUCUCAAUGCGCCUGUUGGGCCCAAACAAACGAAAUGUAUCGUCACAGCCACCGUAGAAAACUUCGAUCUAGAGAAGUGCGUUAGCGUCAACUGCAGCACCGCAACCNCCGAUGUGCCCAGCGGAGGUAUCUUUACAACCAAAACCAGAUACUGCAUGAUGUGGGGACCGAACAACACUACCAGACUAAUUGCCAAUUGUACAGUUGAGUGGACUGGCAAGAGUUGGUUANAAAGGUAUGUAAUGACACUCUCGUCUGUGGGACUCUGCUAA